AGGACAGUGGAGAGGGCCAGACCCAGUAAUGAAGUGGGGAAGAGGCCACGUUUGUAUCUUUCCAGAAGGAGCUUCUAACCCUAUCUGGGUGCCAGAACGAGCAGUGCGUCAUCACCAUGGACCUGGGAGAACAACUCAUCCCACCUUUCAAGAAGCUGAAGAUCACAUCUCCGGCGAUGACGCCAGUUCAGCCAUCGGCCCCAAAGAAGGAGAGAAGAGUAAGGCAGCAGGCUAAGACCACCCGAGAAGCUAGUGUCCCCACAUGGGGUCAACUGAAGAAGCUGACCUCCGAUGCUCAGCAAGUAGUGGAGAAACAGGGGGUUCAGGUAACCCCCUCCAACCUUUUUCUUGCUAUGGUGACACUUGUCAGCUGCCAGUCAUCAGCAAGCUCCUGCGAUCUCAAAUCCGAAGGAUCCAACUAGAUGUCCACAAGCUGCAUUUAAAAAUUAAAAAUGGGGGAGAUGUAGAGGGCCCCCUGGGAAUGCACAUGGAUGACCUUUAAAUUAAUGUCAGCUGAGUCCGAGGUGACUGGCAGGGCCGUCUCCCGGAAAAACAGCCUCCCAAAAUGUCGGAGACUGUUAUCAGUACUGAUAUCUUAUCUUUAUCCAUGUGCUGGGAAUAAGGAAUGAAUUGACCCACCCAGGUCUUGAUAUGCUAAAUCCUGUCCUUGUGCCAGGAAUGAGGAAUGAAUAGGACCUGGGUACACCCAAAAUUCCUUUGACCUUAAACCUCCCCUUUGGAAGUAAAUAAAUGCGCUGUGUUGUCUGUGGUGGGUGUGACUGUCUCUCCA